CCUUUAAAUAUAGAGUAAUAAUGCGACAUAGCAAAAUGAUCAAGCUACUAUAAAAUGCAUAAAACCAAGUAAUCACCCUUUGUCUGAAUAAUGACCAGACACCUCCACAAAAAUACCAGAUUCUUGUCACGUUUCAAUACUAACAUAACCACCAUUAUCACCAAAUCCGCGAGCUUCACUACUAUUACUACUACUACUACCCCAUGGAAUACGCAGUUGAGAGAUCUCUCAAAACAUGGUCAAUACUACAACGCACUUAUUCUUUACCGUCAAAUGCUCCAAUUUGGAGCUACCCCAAAUGCUUUCACUUUCCCUUUUAUUCUCAAAUCUUCAGCUUCUCUUUCCCUUCCCACCACUGGAAAACAACUCCAUUGCCAUGUCAUAAAGCUCGGAUGCAAAUCUGAGCCUUUUGUUUUAACUGCUUUGAUGUGUAUGUACUGUAAAUGCAAGUUAACUGAACAUGCACAGAAAGUGUUUGAUGAAAUUCCUCAUAGAAAUCUUACUGUUUGUUACAAUGCUUUGAUAUCUGGGUAUGUUCAGAAUGAUAAGUUCUUAAAUGGGUUUUGUUUGUUUAGUGAAAUGAGGCUGCGAGGAGUGGAAUUCAACGCGGUUACAAUUUUAGGAUUGGUUCCAGGCUGUACUGUUCCGGAGCAUCUGUGGUUGGGAAUGUGCUUGCAUUGUUUGAACGUUAAGUGUGGAUUGGAGAAUGAUUUAGCUAUUGCAAACUGCUUGAUUACAAUGUACGUGCGUUGUGGUUUAAUGGAGCUAGCGAGGAGGUUGUUUGAUCACAUUCCAGAAAAGGGGUUGAUCACUUGGAAUGCAAUGAUUUCUGGUUAUGCGCAAAAUGGGUUGGCUGCUGAAGUUUUGGAGCUUUAUCGUGAGAUGGAAUUGUUGCAAGUGGAUCCUGAUGCGGUUACAUUUGUUGGGGUUCUCUCAGCUUGUGCUAAUCUUGGUGCUCAAAAGAUUGGUUUUGAGGUGGAACAGAAAAUAAGGUCUAAUUGUAUGUGGUUUAAUAUAUUCUUGAAGAAUGCUCUAAUAAAUAUGUAUGCUAGAUGUGGUAAUUUGGCGAAAGCUCGGAUUAUAUUUGACGAGAUGCCAGAAAAAACCUUGGUGUCCUGGACAGCAAUAAUAGGCGGCUACGGAAUGCAUGGUCUUGGAAACACGGCUGUGGAGCUUUUUGAUAAGAUGAUCAAGACUGGCAUUCAACCUGAUGGUACAGUUUUUGUUAGUGUUCUGUCUGCAUGUAGUCAUGCAGGGUUGACUAAAAAGGGCUUAAAUUAUUUAGAUCUAAUGAAGAGGGAGUAUGGAUUGAAGCCAGGUACAGAGCACUACUCUUGUGUUGUGGAUCUAUUAGGUCGUGCUGGUCGACUUGAGGAAGCUCGCAAACUUAUUGAAUCGAUGGAAGUUGAACCCGAUGGUGCCGUGUGGGGUGCCCUUUUGGGUGCUUGCAAGAUCCACAAAAAAGUUGAACUUGCAGAAUUAGCGUUUAACAAGGUUGUUGAGCUUGAGCCCACAAACAUAGGGUAUUACGUGCUACUUUCCAACAUCUACACAGAGGCAAAUGAUUCAGAAGGUAUAUUAAGAGUCCGAUUGAUGAUGAGAGAACGAAAGCUUAAAAAAGAUCCAGGUUAUAGCUAUUUUGAGUGUAAAGGGAAAACCCACCUCUUUGUGGCUGGUGAUAUAGGUCAUCCUCAAACAAAAGAUAUAUACAAAAUGUUAAAUAGAUUGGAGGAUACUGUAAAUGAGCAUGGAAGAGCAGACAAAAAUGGUCAAGAGGUAAUAAAUCAAGAACCUCCUAAUAUUAUGAGUGUGCAUAGUGAACGUUUGGCAAUAGCAUUUGCUCUCUUGAACACUGAAAUAGGGACUGACAUUCUUGUUAUAAAGAACUUGAGAAUAUGCGGUGAUUGUCACUCAUUUGUGAAGCGGGUUAGCAAAACUGUGGAUCGUUUAUUUGUGGUCAGAGAUGCCACCCGUUUCCACCAUUUCAGAAAUGGUACAUGUUCUUGUAAUGAUUACUGGUGACUUUUGAGACUGGACAAAUGAUAACAAGGACUGAGCAGUGAAGACAGAGAUGGAACAGGAUGAAGUAUGCUCUCCAAAUCUAGAAGCCAGAGGCAGUUCGCUGCAACUUUGCAAGGGAUCAUAAUAUGUGUCAAAGGUUUAAUCUUCCGACUUGACGUAUUUUGUCCAUAUAUAAGAAAGUGCAUGCUUAGAUCAAAGUAGUUGAAAAGUUGAGUGACCAUGAGAUACGAAUUGUCAUUACAGAUGAAAGAGGAUAUAGGUUGGUUCCUUGCUGCUGGGCCUUAGAGCUACUGCCAUCAUUAAUACAAGUCUCUCAGUUGCUUGACUAUAUCCUGUUUCAAAAAUUUUCAUCACAAUAAAAUAAGUGCAAACAAGGGACCAGCUUUUGAGAACAGAUGCAUUUGGAUGUUUGAUGGAGGCAUCUCUUGCUUCCUUGAGCACAAG